CUCUCUCUCUCUCUACGACAUGGUCAUGGUGGACUUGUCACUAUCUGCAGCAUCUUCCCUCUCUGCGAUCAUCCGGUGUCAUCAUCAUCGUCGUUUUCAUCGUCCACUGAGAAAGCCACUCCCUUCUCUCGGUUAUCACCAGCGUGCCGUCUCGUUCAUCGUUGCGAAAGCCCUAGAUCCCACGAACUCUCCCGCAUCAUUCCCAACAAGCUCUCUCCAUUAUCCUUGCCCCGCUGGCAAAACCCAACAUUUGGAUGCCGUGAAAACCAUUGCGCCGUUCGUGCUAUCAGAGUGGCGGCUUGUCCUCAAGGGAUGGGCAUGCAGCGUCGUCUCAGUCGUCUGCCUGUCCAAUCUCGUCCCUCUCUCCGGGGAGCUAUCGGCUUUGUUGCCACAAAGGGGAAUGGGUGGGCUGGUGCGGGAGGGAAUGACCGCUGGUGCGCUCCUUCUGGUUCGAUUGGUGGUCUUGUACUGGCAUCAGGCAUUUCUUUGGGAGGCAGCAUUGAACAUGAGCUACAGGAUAAGGAUUUACUGCUUCCAGAGGGUCCUGCACUGGGAUUUGGGCUGCUUCGAAGGGAGCGGUGGGGUUUCUCCCGGUGAUAUCGCUCAUAGGAUUGCUGCUGAGGCAGCUGAUUUGGGAGACACUAUUUACGUUCUUCUACACACAACCAUACCCAGUAUGCUGCAAUUAUUUGCAAUGGCAAUAAAAAUGAUAGCUAUCAGCCCUUUACUUUCCAUGGCAACUGCUCUGGUUGUUCCAUGUCUGUCUUUUGUCAUAGCCUAUUUUGGUAAAAAGCUGAGAGCAAUAUCAAGAGAUGCACAUGUUACUGUUGCCAGGCUUUCUUCUUAUUUAAAUGAGGUCCUAUGCUUGAUGAUUCUUGUCAAGGUUAAUAGUGCAGAAGCUUGUGAAAUGAAACGGUUUCAAAAGUUUGCACAAGAUGACUUGCGGAAAUGCCUGAAGAAGAAAAAAAUGAAAGCUGCUAUACCGCUAGGCAUACAGUUUUUGUAUUUGGGAGGCUUUUCAUUAUUUUGCAUUGGGUCCCUUUUGGUCACUUCUGGGACAAUUGAUGGGUCAAGGAUGGUCUCAUUCGUAAUGUGCUUGUUUCUCUUGGUUGAGCCCAUCCAGGGUGUGGGAAAGGCAUACAAUGAAAUGAAACAAGGUGAACCAGCAAUAGAGCGCUUAUUUGAUUUGACAACAUUUCUUCCGCAGGUCAAGGAGGAAGAGGGUGCUGUUUCCUUAAAUUCUAUUGUUGGCAGUGUAAAGUUUCAUGGUGUUUCAUUCAAGUACAAUGAAAAGUCAUCUCUCAUCUUAAAUAAGUUAAAUAUCCAUAUUGAGCCUGGAGAGAUUGUUGCUGUUUUUGGCCCAUCUGGAGGCGGGAAGACAACACUCAUCAAACUACUUCUUCGUCUUUAUGAUCCUAUUCAAGGGAAUAUACUUGUAGAUGGCAUUGACAUUCGAAAUAUCAAGCUUGAUAGCCUAAGGCAGCAUAUUGCUCUUGUUCCCCAAGAUCUAACCCUUUUUGCAGGAACAGUUGCUGAAAACAUUGCUUAUAGGGAUUUGAUGAGAGAUAUUGACAUGGAAAAAGUUGUACAUGCAUCAAAGAUUGCAAAUGCUGAUGAAUUCAUCAUGGCACUUCCCGAUGGCUACAAUACUAACAUUGGACAGCGUGGAUCUCUUUUAAGUGGAGGCCAGAAGCAACGGUGGCUAGCUAUUGCACGGGCUAUAUAUCAAAAUUCUUCAAUAAUAAUUUUAGAUGAAGCUACUUCUGCUUUAGAUGACAAAUCUGAGUUAUUGGUGAGGCAGGCUUUAAAGAGAGUGAUGCACAACCGCACGGUACUUGUUAUUGCUCACCGGUCAGAAACUAUAUUAAUGGCAGACAGAAUUUUUCUUCUGGAAGGAGGAAUUCUUCAGGAGAUACCACACUCAUCAUUUCAGUCCUCACAUUGUCAAUAUGUGCAACACAAUUCAGCAAGUAAAGCAAGUUAAAUACAAUUGGAGAUAGAUACAUUGUUCUGUGGCUUGGGCUUUAGACUCAGCAUGUAACCUUUUGGACAAUCAAAUGCUCCUUGUGGUGGCAAAAAAAAAACCAUAUCUGAGCUAUCACCAUCACCAUGUGCGAAAAGAGAGGGAGUGUUGCAGGCCGACGUUCCACUUCGCUUUCACAAUGCCGCUUAAAUGAAAUCUGGAAUGGUGGAAUUAAGCGCGAGGAAAAGACGAGGAAAUGUUCCUUUCUCAGCCUCCUAUUGCUUAUAGUUUAGAAGGAAACAUUUGUAAUUAUAUCUGUCUACUUUUAUUAAAACUGUAUUGAAGAAAAUUUCCACUUCAGAAAUAAAAAAAAGUUGGUUGUAUAUUUUCUA